AGCAAAAGAAGAAGAAGAAGAAGAAGAAAGGCGGAAGUGGGAUUAGCAGCUGAUUACUGAUUAUUGAUCAUCAGAACUUCCAACAUGGCCGACCUCUGGCAGAACGCCAUGGACCACGCGGUUAGUGCUGCACGCCAUGCUGGAGAGGUGGUGCGUGAGGCUCUGAGGGAUGACAGGAAGCAGACGGUGAUGACGAAGAGCUCGUUGGUGGAUUUGGUGACGCAGACCGAUCAGAAGGUGGAAAAACUGAUCAUCCAAUCGGUGAAGGAGAAAUUCCCAACACACUGCUUCAUAGGGGAGGAGUCAGUCUCUGCAGGUGAACCUCUCCUCCUCACAGACGCUCCCACCUGGAUCAUCGACCCGAUCGACGGGACAACAAACUUUGUUCACACAUUCCCUUUCAUUGCUGUUUCCAUCGGAUUCUCUGUUAAUAAACAGGUGGAGUUCGGGGUGGUGUACAGCUGUCUGGAGGAUAAGAUGUACACGGCGAGGAGAGGAAGAGGAGCGUUCUGUAACGGAGCGCCGCUGCAGGUCUCCGAUCAGGAAGACAUCAACCAGUCGAUCAUCGCUACGGAGUUCGGAUCAAACAGAGACGCCGAGACCGUCGACAAGAUCUUCAUCAGCCUGAGACGAGUCCUGAGCCUGCCGGUACACGGUAUACGUGGAGCAGGAACAGCAGCCAUCAACAUGUGUCUGGUUGCCAGCGGUUGCGUUGAAGCGUAUUAUGAGAUCGGGAUCCAUGUCUGGGACGUUGCAGCCGGGUCGCUCAUCGUGUCCGAGGCCGGCGGAGUCCUGCUGGACACGGACGGGGGUCCAGCAGACCUGAUGUCUCGGAGGAUCGUUGCUGCAAACAGACGAAUCAUCGCUGAGCGUCUCGUUAAAGAGAUCGAACCCUUCAGUCCAAUCAGAGACGACGCUGCGCCGGCCAAUCAGUGACGACGCUGCGCCGGCCAAUCAGAGACGACGCUGCGCCGGCCAAUCAGAGACAACGCUGUAUUUGUUUAGUUUUAUUAAAUUUGUGACAAAAAA